CAUGGCGAAACGAACACACGCCGAAUUCCUAGAAUCCGGGCCUCCAGAUCGGUCGGUGCCCGACGAUGAACGCGCUGUGCAGACAGGUCUAUGUGCGCACAGGAUCAAUCAUGCAAAGACGGUCGUCCGCCGCGCCAUGAAGCUUGCUGCGGGCUUCGAGCGCCAGAAAUCCGGAAGACGAAGAAAGACAGCGAAGCAAAAGAAGGAUGAUGCUGCUCUUGCACGCUUUGACAUGGAAGCUCUAGCUCUGAAAUCCCUCGACCUCGAACGCGCCGCAGAAGACCACAUACACAAAAGCCUCCUUAAAAUAAAAUCCAUAGCAUCCUCUGAAGCUCUCCCUCCUUCUGUCAAACCUCCCUCCCGUGCUGUCGUGGAUACUGCCUCUCUGAACGUUCUUGCUCGCCUAUACAACUCCAAUCCCGUUCAGACUGCAAUGAAGACUCUGAUUACCGAUAUUCAGGGCAUAUUAGGGCUGGAAGACCGCAAUGUAAAAGUUAGGAAGGCCAAAAACAAGGAAACUACACCUACGGCAGAGCGGAAACCCAAACCUCAACGACAGAGCGAUACAAGCGAUGAUGAAGAGUACCCAGAAUACAAGGCUCGCAUUGCAGCCUCUUCGGACGAAGACAAUAGCGAGGCCUCCGGAAGCGAUGCUGAUAGCGGGGUCGUGAGGUUGAAAAGCAAGGUCUCCCCAAGAAUCGAUGUCUCGAUUUCUCCACCGCCGUCAUCCGAGGAGUCGUCCUUCGAGGGGUUCUCAGAGCCUGAGAUAAAAGCUGGGUCAUCUAAGCCAUCUAAAGCUCUUAUUGAGUCUACUUUCGUUCCUUCCCUUACGACAGGCGGCUAUUGGUCAGGCUCCGAAUCCGAACCAGAAGACGACGUGGACGUUCAACCAAGGAAGAACCGAAGAGGCCAGCAGGCAAGGCGCAAGCUUGCGGAGAAGAAGUUUGGUGAAGAAGCAAAGCACAUCAAGGAAGCUAAGACCAGUGACCGCGACAAAGGCUGGGAUCUGAAGAGAGGCGCACAGGACGGCUCCCGUGGACGAAACGGUAGGUAUCGGUCUGGGGAUUCUCGAAACACGAGAAAUUUUGCUUCCGAUGCCAACAAAGUGGAGCUUAAUCAGCCAAAACCUAAGAAGGACGAUACCGGUCCCUUGCAUCCUUCGUGGCAAGCUGCAAAAUUGGCGAAAGAGAAGAAGCAGACCGCGGCUUUCCAGGGCAAGAAGGUAGUUUUUGAUUGAGCGCUACGAUCUAAAACACAUUCACGUGGAAUAACUACCAUGGCAUACUCUUCAAAGCCGUCCGGGAAGUGUUAAAUGUAGCCCAUCUUACGUCGUCGGUGGCCGAAGUCCGCAGCAUGCACACAGCUACGCUAGACUUUGAUACAUCGAUCGGUAAGAGCGCACUGUUUGGAGAGCCCCCAUGGCCUUUCAAGAUUCUAGACAUGAUGCAAAGUCCAGAUGUUGGAACCUAGGCGACCUAUUGACAGGCCGGCUACCUAGCAGCGGGGCUACUCCUGACAGUGGUGUAUGGCAAGCAAGAGUGGCAGACAAGCGGUGAGAUAAUCGUGUAUCUAGUCUUAGGACUUAGUAAUAUUCGCUGUAGGUCACUUCUCAAGAGUAUGUUUCAAAUGUUGCUAG